GCAAAGGAGCCGCCGCGGCCGGAGGGAUGCUCGCCCGGGGCCCCUGGGGAGGAGGGCUGCGUUGUUUCCCCGGACACGCCUGGUCUGUGCAGUCCGCUUGCCCUCACGACUCCCUUGUGAGGACAGAGACCAGGGUGCUGGGAAUCCUGGGUGGUAACGCCCCUCUGCCCACCCUCUCCUAUGUUUCUGAAAGCGUCCGCCAUUAAAGGGCAGUGAAGAGGAUAUUAUUUUGGGAUCAGAGGUCUCCUUAUGCCAGCUGUUCUGAGUAAGUGAAGCAGAUUCCCGGAGACAGGAGACCCCUUCUGGUCCGCGGCAGCCAUGCCUCCAAAUAAGGACGCCCCAGGUUGCUUUGCGUGUCCUCCCGGACUGAUCUGCUUGCCCCCGAUCUCAGAAGACCUCCAGCUGAUCUGGACGCAAGCGGCACAGACCAGCGAACUGGACGGCAACCAGCACCUCCUUCAGACCUUCAGCUAUUUCCCGUACCCCAGCCUGUCUGACCUGGCCUUGCUGUGCUUGCGGCACGGGUUGCACAUGGAGAAGGUCAAGGCCUGGUUCAUGGCCCAGCGGCUACGCUGCGGCAUCAGCUGGAGCGCGGAAGAGAUCGAAGAGACCCGGGCUCGCCUCAUUUACCACCAGGACCAGCUUCACUUCAGUUGCCUGCUUGACGGGAGCAACGGGGACUCCUGUCUGCAGUCUUGUAAGAGCCAGGAAUACCACCAGCCGCCACCUGCCCCUUUGCACCACCCGGUUAAGUACGAGAACCAGCAAUGCGAUGUCACUUCCUCAAGCCGCUUCAGCACCGCCCAGGAAAUCAGGGAACUCGGGCGAAUCAGCGAGGACGUCUGGGAACAGAAGGGGAAUGGCCUGUACCACCCUAGCAAAGCUCAGGAGAACUGUCAAUCUGCUUUCCAUCAUAGUACCAAAGAGACCCUUUCCGGUGCUUUCCUACCUGCCGCGGCCACCGGCCUGGAUUACAAAUUACAGAACUCGCACACAGCGGCCUGGGGCCUCACCAAGACCUCUCUGCAGCCGUCGGAGCCAGUCGUCGCGUCGGCUGUGAACGGCAAGCAUCACUCCGCGGUUCCUCCGCCACGCUGUUCAGUCAGAGCUUCGCCGUCGUCAUCGGCGGCUGCUUCUACGGAAUCGUGCAGCCUGCAAAACUAUCAGAGCCCUGCGUGUGACCAACAGCAGGCUUCCGGUUGCUGCUCGGAAAUUUUGCGCAAACCUCGGAGGAAGACGAAGGAGCAGCUGGAUAUGUUGAAAUCCUUCUUCCUCCACUGUCAGUGGGCCAAGCGGGAGGAUUAUCACUACCUGGAGCAGGUGACGGGGCUGCCGCGGGCUGAGAUUAUCCAGUGGUUUGGCGAUACCCGCUACGCCCUCAAACACGGUCAACUGAAAUGGUUCCGGGACAAUGCAGGACAGAGUUUCGAUCCUGCCUUAUCGUUGCCUUCUUACCCGUACCAUCCCAGUCAUCCAGACACAAAACCGUUGCAACGGUACUGGGAAUCCCAUCCGCCGCUGCAGGAUAACGGCUCUCCGCGGCCUUGCCAGGAAUCGGAUCGCUCCCGUUCGCCAGCACCGUACGAAGUGGAGGUGUGUUUGAGUGAGGAGGAGGAGGAGGACGAGGAGAUGAAAGCGGCUCUGUUAAAAGAGGAAGAUGAGGACUAUGAAGAAGAAGAAGACAACGAAGAAGACGACGACAAUGAUGAAGACUGGACUAUGUAGGAUGCAGUGUGGACAUUAGAGACGACGGGUUUUGGGGAAUGGCUCGCAGGAGAGAAUAAUUUGGCAAAGCUGUGUAGAGUUAGUCCCUACCCUGCUGAGGUCUUGCUACUUGCCCCCGUUCCAAAAUAUAAAACUGGGCCUCCGGAAUGCUCUAGAAUCUUCUGUCUUCCUUUUCAGCUCUAGGUGUUAAGUAACAACACUCUCCUGCCCCUUCCGCUCAGUGGUUAGACCUUCUCACAAAAUCAUGUUGGAAAAGAGGGUUCCAACACUUUCUCGUGAUUCAGAAUCCGAGGCAUGAAUCCUUCAGUAGUUUUCCGGAAUCUGGAAAGAUAACUCUUCUAACUGGCUUUCUUUAGACUUCUUUUGAUGUUCAUUGUGGUUGUAGAACCCGUAUCUUUUCCUUCCUCUACAGCAGAGACAGGCAAUCUUUUGGCCCAAGUUCGGGGGGGGAGGAAGGAUCAACAUGUAUCUAUGAAAAUGUUGGCAAAUGAAAAAGGAGGGAAAGAGAUUAGGGUUAUACUGGGGAGGAUCGGUGUUGGGAGCAGGGUGGGCCCCUGUGGUGUGGCUAGUGCCCUCACAGCUCAGCAUCUGCAUAUUAUGGGUUGCCUGUCGCUGCUGUAGGAUCCUGUGUUUCUGUUAUUGAAUUGUAAAGAUGGCUCUAGC